CCCAAAUCCAAGAUUUCGGCAUCCAGGAGGUUGUUUCUGAAGACAAAGCUUCUGAAGAAAGCAACCUCCAUGCUCACAACGGAAAAAGAGGAUAAACAGAGAGAGAGAGAGACCACCUUGAGUGAGAGAGUCCCACCUCUGCAACUCUCCGGUCUGUCCGUUCAAGAUCUUCAGGCUCUCUGCAGAGACCUCCAUCAGAAGAUUGAUGUUGUAGAUGAGGAGAGGUAUGAUAUCGCCGCCAAGGUGACUAAAAACGAAAAAGAGGUUACAGAUUUGAAUAUAAAGAUCACUGAACUUAGAGGCAAAAUGAAGAGACCUGCUCUCAAGAGGGUGAAGAUCUCUGCCGAUGCCAUGUUAGGUGCUCUUCUGGGCUCCAAGGUCAAAGAAUCUGUGGAUUUCAAAGCCAACCUUAAAACAGUCAAGAAGGAAGAGGAGAAGAAAGAAGAGGUCACCGACUGGCGUAAGAAUGUGGAGGCCAUGUCUGGAAUGGAAGGCAGGAAGAAGCUGUUUGAUGCUGGUCAAUAGAGGGUGACAACUGCAUCACACCUGGCAUCAAGAAUUAUAUCAAAUUCCAAAGCCUCUGAAAAUGAAUGUACAAAGCAAUGCUUAAAGUCUAUAGCUAUAGAAGUCUGUUGUACAGGAGAAAAACCCUUUACACAAAGGCAUUGCUAAUGUGUUUUAUUUUAGUUGUUAAAGACAUGUUUUCAAAUAUAUUUAAACAAGAAUACAGUGUCUUAAAACCAAACUUAACACUUACACGUUCAAUGUCACUAUUUGUAGUCCUACUUAUUUACGAAUAUUCUGUGAUGUCCAGCUGAAUUUCUGUCUUUAAAAUAAA